GUAGGGGGAGCGACAUCACACACGUCACGGUGUUGAAGACGCGCACACGUACAGAGGGCAUUGCAGCAGGGCCACCACUGGAACAUCUGGCCCUCUCUGCCUCUUCUACCUCUGUGUGCGGCGUCUUCACCGUCUGCCACCAACAACAACAACAACAUCACCACCACCAUCAUCGCCGCCGUCGUCGUCAUCAUCCAUCACCACCACACGGCCGGAGGAGGAGGAGGGCCCCCACCGACCCUCCCGCCUAUCCUGAGCGAGGCCCCGAUGGAGUUCGGCGCCGUGGUGGCCGAGGCGGAGUUAUGGUGCCUCAGCACUCCGUUCUCUCUCUUCGCCUCCGAGCAGGCGGACAGACGGCUCCACUUCCUCAGCGAGCCCGUGGGAGACGCCAGGGCGCCGCUCUCCUUCUGCCUGGCGUGCCCGCAAGACGGAGAUCCCAGCGCGCCGUUCCUCGUGUGGAGCGAGAGCGAGGAGUGCCUACGCCUCCUUGGGCCGGCACAGGACUUUGCCUCGUCGUGCCGGGAGAAGACGCUCCGCGAGGUGCUCAACCGGGCCUUCCGUGCACUUAAACCGUUGUUGGGGCUUGCGGAGGAAGAGGAUGACGCCUUUGAGGAUGACGAUGACCUUCCACCAGAAUUUGAGGACAAAGAGGCCGAACAUCCCAGUUCAGACUUGGGAGAAGACUCCGGUUGAACUCUGAACCACGGGCGACAACACUGUUUGUGGAUAUUGACAUUUCGAUUGUGCCCAGAUGUUAUGGCACUUAAACUCUAUAUCACCUGCAUCUGCAUGACCGUCCGAGUCGUUCCGUUUCUUCGUGCAUUAUUAUUUGCACAGAAGGCCAGUAGUUUUUUGGCCAUUGAACUGAAGUUGUGGUUUUUAGGGGGACAAAAAAGUGUAGCUUGAUUCAUUCCGAAGGUCAUGAAUGAAUUGUGGAAUGUAGUCGAUCGUGCAUGAAGGAGGGUGGAGUGGGUGUGUGUGCACGUGUAGUAAAGAAGAAUGAUCGUGCAUUGUGCUCCACAGUACGCGACUUUCUUGCCAAGUGCAGAGACGCCGCACCAACUGAAUUAAUGGGUUCCCACUGUUUAAAAAAUCAUAGUCUUCCCUAUGCAUUAAAUUGAUCAACAAUAACUACAAGCACUAGGAGCAUGAUAACCGUGUGAGGAUGCCGGGUGGCUCAAGAGGUCAGAGUGCCGAGCCAGGACUGCGGAGAUCAUUGGUUUGAAUCUAUCGGGCACCCAGCCAACUUUGAACUAGGUUCUCGAGUGCAGACAGAGAGUUAGUGGUCUCAGCCCAGCCACCAUUUGUCCGCACGAAAGAAACCCGAUCAUGUAAAAACAAAAAUUGCACUAAAUUUUGCUUAAUUCUAGCUGUAUUGGUUUGACUGUCACGUGACAAUCUCAUAGCUGAGCUUAUGGGAAAGUGUGCCCCCUAUCGUGUAAACAAUAAAAAGGCGGCUUGAAUUUUUUUUUUGGGAGCCCUGCGAAAAAUGUCUUGGCCGUUCUCCAACACCCUUGGUGCAGCGCUCUAUGAGUUGUCCAAGGGGAUUCCUCAUCUAUUGGCGUGAUGCCGAUAGCACAAAUGGAAUUGGGAAUUUAAUACCAAAAAAAUAUCCUUUUUAAAAUAAACUUUUAUACCAGUAUAAAUUAAUCUUAAUGGUUCUGAUAAUGGUUUGUGGACGAUGAAGGUAGAUAUUUGUUUGUAAUUAUGUGAGGUAGUGUAAAAAUGCAUCAGUUCAUCGAUAAACGUUGAUGCGCUCACGCUACGUGCAUCCAAACGCGAAUGUGAAUAAUCAAUGUUUUCGAUCAGUAUAUUUAUAUAACUGGGUCGGUGUGAUCGUGCAUCCACUAGAGGCCGCAAUAUUCAGGGCAGUGUUAAAUAAAACAUGAUUUGAAUCUUGAAAUCGCCACCACGAGUCAUGAUAUUUCAUCGGAUCGGAAGGUUAAAUUGUUGCACCCUCUAAUUGGCAUAAAUUACCGUAAGCAGCAAUGUAUAGAUCAUGGCUGAUAAUAAUAAUGAUGAUUAGUCGUAAACAUGGACUUGCGUGGCACACACCCAUUCCUUACACACCGGUAUGGGUGCGGUGUUGUUUAACUUGUAUUGCUAUAUUCUGACAUGAAAAGCAUGUGGAACUACUACCUAUGAGGUUAGUCAUUUCCUGGACCGCCCAAAUGUCACGGAGCUUCGACCAAAACAUUUCGCUUUUGUUGUGCAGUGAUUGUGCUUAAAGCGGGUCAAGCAUCGCUGCCCAUUUAGUAUGCAAUAAGAUUGAUGUGGUGUUCGUUCGCUACCUUGUUACAAAUCUGUUAUGACUUGUAAGUUUCGCUUAAGAAUAGGAAGUAACUGCUACUGUCUCUACACGUGCGGGAUAGACACUGGUCUGGCGCUUCAGUCCCCGCAGGAUUUAGUUUUUGUCAUAAACCAGAUUUUCAUGCAAUCACAACUUCACCUUGGGUUUUAGUUCAUGAAAUAUGGAUAAUAAUUAUAUUUGCGUAACGAUUGUCAUCAAGUUUGCCGAGUUAUCCUGUAGAGUUUAGAAGGUGAAGGUUUUGGGUUAAGGUUAGAGAGUUGGGUUUAGGGGGUGAGAGUUGGGGUAAGGAUUUAAUUGGAAAUGGGGUUUGGGUUAGGUGCCAUGUAUGUUUAACUUCUUUCGCUAAUCGGAGGUGCGGGGAAGGACAGCAAACUAAACACAAAAGGCAGUUCUUAAGAAAUGAAUAUUAAAUCUAGAUCUAAAAGUGCAUAGCUCCAGUGACUUCCUAAUAUCGAAAGGGGGAGAGCGUUCCAGACGGCCGCAGCACAUCUAAAAGAGCGCGAUGCGGUGCCCGCUGUCUUUGUUCGAUGGGCUUGCCACAAAAUCCGCUGCUGCGAGGAUGACUGAAGUUCGCGUGAUGAUCGACACUGGUCAUGCUCAGAGUUUAGGGGUUAAAACGAUAAAAGUGAGGCACGGGGGGGUGGGGGGCUCGUGGACAUGUAGAGUACACAAGACUGCUCGGCUUGCCACGUACAUGCGGGGGGACGGGUCGUGCUGUUGUAGCGAUGGGCUCUCUGUUAUGCAGUAACAUUAUUUUUAAGUUGCUUGUUUGCAAAGUAAUAAAAAAACACUUGCUUUUAAAAGUGUCCGCUUUAUUUUAACAAUACGAAUAAACGAUACACGAAACAA